CACUUAAGGAAGGAGCCCCCCCUUUAUAUUCGGCCAAAAUCAUCGUUGCCAGUAAAAUCUAUGAAAAUCUUUGAUUUCUUAGACCCUUUUGGAGUUGAAUUUGACGCAUUUCAAUUCUCCACGUCAACAACUUUCUCAAACCUCAUUCUCUGAGUUGAACAAUUUCUCUUUAAUUUCUUCUCUCUUUGUUUACUCAACUCACAAGCAUCCCCCGUCAAUUUUUUUGGUGUUUGCUCUGAAUUUUACUGCUUGUACUGCCCCAAAUCUGUCGCAAUUCAAUAAGGCGAUUGUCGGCGUUUUUGGGGUCAUUUUGGUUUUGAUUCUGAAUCUUUAAGUGAUGUUUUUACUUGACACCCAUUCGGUAUUUUGAGGAGUUGAGGCGUUUUGCUUCACUGAAAUUGGAUGGGAAGCAAAUGGGUUCUCUGGAAAAUGGAUUUCCAUUGAAGAGAGACCCUCUUCUUCGUUCUUCAUCCGCUAGCAGGGGGGAGAGGCACCCAUUUUUACAGAGACCCAGAUCGAGAUUUUCACGGUUUUUGCUUUUCCAGAAGAUUGAUUACUUGCAAUGGAUUUGUACUGUGGUUGUGUUCCUUUUCUUUGUGGUUUUUUUUCAAAUGUUUUUGCCUGGAUCAAUCAUGGAGAAGGAGAAGUCUGAGAUUGCUGUGAAGGAUGUGGAGAGAAGUUUAGGGGAUUUGAAGUUCUUGCAGGAGCUCGGGAUGCUGGAAUUUGGGGAGGGUAUUCGAUUUGAGCCCUCGAAGCUUCUGGAUAAGUUUCAGAAAGAAGCAAGAGAAGGGGAUUUUUCAUCUUUCAAUAGGACUAGAAAUCGUUUUGGGUAUAGGAAACCUCAGCUCGCACUGGUAUUUUCAGAUCUGUUGGUUGAUUCUUAUCAAGUGCUGAUGGUAACCAUUGCAUCUGCGCUGCAGGAGAUAGGAUAUGUGUUUCAGGUUUAUUCUCUCCAGAGUGGGCCAGUGAGUGAUGUUUGGAGACGAAUGGGAGUCCCAGUUACUCUAAUUCAAACUUGUGAUGAGACUGAGGUCAUGGUUGAUUGGCUAAACUAUGAUGGCAUACUUAUGCACUCUCUUGAGGUGAAAGAUGUCUUUUCUUGCUUUUUGCAGGAACCUUUCAAAUCCUUGCCACUCAUCUGGACCAUCCAUGAAGAAACCCUUGCCUUACGCUCUCAAAACUAUACUUCACUUGGGCUAUUUGAUCUUUUAAAUGAUUGGAAGAGAGUAUUCAACCAUUCAGCUGUUGUUGUCUUUCCCAAUUAUGUCAUGCCGAUGAUCUACUCUGCAUUUGAUUCUGGGAAUUUCUUUGUGAUUCCGGGUUUUCCUGCUGAAGCAUUGGAAACAGAAAUUGCUGUCGCCUCAGAAGAUAAUCUGCGUGCAAAAAUGGGCUAUGAAAAUGAUGAUUUAGUUAUUGCAAUUGUUGGAAGCCAAUUUUUAUAUGGGGGCAUGUGGCUGGAACAAGCCAUGAUUUUGCAGGCCAUGUUGCCUCUACUUCGUGAGUUUUCUUUGGAUGAACAUUCCAAUUCUCAUCUCAAGAUAUUUGUUCUAAGUGGGGUUUCAACUAGCAACUACACCAUGGCUGUUGAGGCCAUUGCUCAGAGACUGAAGUAUCCGAGGAGUGUUGUGAAGCACGUUCCAGUUGAUACAGAUUCAGACGUUGCUUUAAGUAUGGCUGAUCUUGUGAUAUAUGGGUCUUUCCUGGAAGAGCAAUCUUUCCCUCAGAUUUUGGUAAAAGCCAUGGGCAUGGGGAAACCAAUCAUCGCCCCAGAUCUCUCCAUUAUUCGGAAACACGUUGAUGACAGGGUAAAUGGCUAUUUGUUCCCCAAGGGGAAUUUCAAUGUACUUUCUCAAAUUGUUUUGGAAGUGAUCUCGAAAGGGAGGUUAUCGCCACUAGCUCGCAAUAUUGCUUCAAUAGGAAGAGGCACUGUGAAAAAUCUGAUGGUUUCAGAAACUGUGGAGGGAUUUGCCUCACUACUUGGCGCGGUUCUUAAGCUUCCAUCAGAAGCUGCACCAGCUAAGGCAGUUGUAGAAAUCCCUUCCAGACUGAAAGAAAAAUGGCAGUGGCAGUUAUUUGAAGGGGUAUCGAAUUUCACAUUCCUCAGUAGAAACGGAAAAAGUUCUGCGAUUUUAGAUAGAUUUGAAAAGCAGUGGAACCAUACUCAAAAAGGGAGGCCUGGUAGUCCUAUUGCUUCUGAUGAGUCAUUUGUAUAUGAUAUAUGGGAGGAGGAAAAACACACUGUGAUGGCUAAUAUCAAAAGAAGAAGAGAGGAAGAAGAGAUAAAAGAUAGAACUGAUCAACCUCAUAGCACAUGGGAGGAUGUAUAUAGAAGCGCCAAGAGAGCUGAUAGAUCUAAGAAUGAUUUGCACGAGAGGGAUGAAGGGGAACUUGAAAGGACUGGACAGCCAUUGUGCAUUUAUGAACCUUACUUUGGGGAAGGAGUUUGGCCUUUCCUGCACCGUACUUCUCUUUAUCGUGGAAUUGGGCUGUCCAGUAAAGGCAGGAGACCCGGGGUAGAUGAUGUCGAUGCACCUUCACGGCUUCCACUUCUCAGUAACCCUUACUACCGAAAUGUACUCAGUGAAUAUGGAGCCUUCUUCGCAAUUGCUAACCGGGUCGAUCGGAUACACAAGAAUGCCUGGAUUGGUUUUCAAUCUUGGAGAGCAACUGCAAGGAAUGUAUCAUUGUCAAAAGCUGCAGAAAGUGCAUUAUUAGAAGCAAUUCAAGCACGAAGGCAUGGGGAUGCUCUCUACUUUUGGGUGCGCAUGGACUCGGAUCCGAGAAACCCAUUACAGCUUGAUUUUUGGUCAUUUUGUGAUUCCAUAAAUGCUGGAAAUUGCAAGUUUGCGUUCUCCGAGACGUUGAAGCAGAUGUACGGUGUAAGAAGUAGUCAGGAAUUUUUACCGCCCAUGCCUUCGGACGGUCGUACAUGGUCCGUGAUGCAGAGCUGGGCUCUGCCAACCAGAUCUUUUUUAGAAUUUGUCAUGUUUUCAAGAAUGUUUAUCGAUGCACUAGAUGCGCAAAUGUACGAUGAACACCAUUCGCGUGGACGAUGUUAUUUGAGUUUGUCCAAAGACAAACACUGUUACUCCAGGCUACUCGAGCUGCUUGUAAAUGUUUGGGCAUAUCACAGUGCGAGGCGGAUUGUGUACGUGAACCCCGAGACUGGCGCAAUGCAAGAACAACACAAGUUCGAGAUCCGGAGAGGCCAAAUGUGGAUCAAAUGGUUUUCGUAUGCCACGAUAAAGGGCAUGGACGAGGACUUAGGAGAGGAAGCAGAUGCCGAUCACCCCACAAGACGGUGGCUGUGGCCAUCAACAGGGGAGGUCUUUUGGCAAGGCGUAUACGAGAGAGAGAAGGAUUUACGGUAUCGACAGAAAGAGAACAGAAAGCAGAAGAGUAAGGCUAAACUAGACAGAAUGAGACACAGAAGGCACCAAAAAGUGAUAGGGAAGUAUGUAAAGCCUCCACCAGAGAUGGAAAAUUCAACCACAACAAUUGGUACAGAAACUACUUUGGAAACUAAUUAACUUGAUGCAAAUUGGAGGGUUAGUCAGAAUUAGAGCCUAAUCUUAAAUUCAUUUCAUUUUUAACAUCUUUUUGUUUUCUUUUUUCUAGAAGGAUGUGUAUUUGGGGUUUUUUCCCCUUUUGUUUAUUGUUUAAAUAUUGUUAUUAUUAUGUAAAACUACAUUCUUCUUGACUGGUGCCA